AUGUCGCUAUGGGGCGGCCGCUUCACAGGCAAAACGGACCCUCUCAUGGAAGCCUUCAACGCGUCCUUCUCCUUUGACCAACGCAUGUGGUCUGCCGACAUUCGAGGCUCUCAAGCAUACGCUAAAGCCCUCUCACUCAACCACAUAAUCACGCCCUCCGAACGCGACGCUCUCGUAUCCGGCCUCGACCAAGUACACCAAGAAUGGAGCACCAACAGCUUCAUCGCCAAACCAUCGGACGAAGACAUCCAUACAGCCAACGAACGACGAUUAAGUGAGCUUGUUGGAACUGUAGCUGGGAAACUGCAUACGGGACGUAGUAGGAAUGAUCAGGUUGCUACUGAUUUGAGGAUAUGGGUGCGGGAAGAGUCAAAGAAGGUGUUGUCCUAUUUGAAGGAUUUGGUUAAUGUUGCUGUGAAUCGCGCCGAGCAGGAGAUUGGGGUUAUCAUGCCUGGAUACACGCAUCUGCAGCGUGCACAGCCAAUUAGAUGGUCGCAUUGGCUGUUAUCGUAUGCGUGGUCGUGGAAGGCUGAUUAUGAUCGUCUCGCACAGCUCGUUGAGCGUAAUAACUCGUUACCUUUGGGAUCUGGAGCACUAGCAGGCAACGUGUUUGGAAUAAAUAGGGAUUUCCUGGCUUCUGAAUUGGGGUUUACGAAUGUGAUGCCCAACUCGCUGUAUGGAGUGUCCGAUCGGGAUUUCGUGGCUGAAUGGUUGUUUUGGAGUAGCUUGAAUAUGAUUCACUUGUCGAGAUUUGCAGAGGAUUUGAUACUGUAUAGUACGGGAGAAUUUGGGUUUGUCAGGUUGGCGGAUGCAUAUAGUACGGGAAGUAGUUUGAUGCCGCAGAAAAAGAAUCCGGAUUCGUUGGAGCUUAUUAGGGGGAAGAGUGGGAGGGUUUAUGGUGAUAUGGCUGGAUUCUUGAUGACAUUGAAGGGACUGCCAAGUACAUACAACAAGGACUUGCAAGAAGACAAGGAACCAUUGUUCGAUGCUGUAGAUACAGUAUCCGGAUGUCUACAAAUAUCUACUGGUGUAUUGUCCACUCUUACUAUAAACUCCGAAAAAAUGUCCUCAAACCUCUCCAUGGACAUGCUCGCAACAGACCUCGCCGAAUAUCUCGUCCGUAAAGGUGUCCCCUUCCGUGAAACCCACCACGUCGCAGGACACGCAGUCCGACUCGCUGAAGAACGGGGUGUUGGAAUUGACAAGCUGUCUGUUGCAGAUUAUAAAAAGCUGCAUCCAUCUUUUGAGGAAGAUGUGAGUGCGAUAUUUGAUUAUGAAAAGAGUAUUGAAAACCGCAAUGCUGCUGGUGGGACUUCGAGGGUAACUGUGUUGACGCAGAUUCAGCAGUUGAGGGUUUGGAUGAAGGAUUUAUAA